AUGGCAGCUUUCUCUGAUUCCGACUACAAUUCGACGGGGUAUUCAGAUUAUCGUCCACGCUACCCGGGGACAUGGUACUCGCGGAUAAAAGAGUACCAUAGCGGUGCCAGGGGGUUGGUUGUGGAUGUGGGGUGCGGGCCUGGGACAGCCACGUUCCAGUUGCGUGAAAAUCUGCCCUUCAAGCGGGUAGUGGGGGUGGACGUGUCGACCGCGAUGGUCGAGCGCGCGCGGCAGACCGCACGGGAAAAAGUGGUCACUGAUGCGGGCCGCGUGGAGUUCGUUGUAUCCACUGCCGACAACUUCAGCUUCCUCAACGGUGCCAAGGCAGAUAUGAUCACUGCUGCACAAUGCGUUCACUGGCUGGACUGGGAGCGCUUUCAGCUCGCUGCAGCCGACAACCUGCGAGCGGGAGGCACGCUAGCCAUCUGGGACUACACCGACCCGUCCAUAGUGGGGUAUCCCGAGCUGGAUCCGCUGAUGAAGGAGUUCAUUUACGGGGAAUCUCAUCUUGGGCCCCACUGGGAGCAGCCGGGCACUCGUAUGCUGAAGCAGUUGCUGAGAAACCUGCAUUUCGACGAGAAGCUCUUUGACGAUAUUUAUGUGUGCCGCGAGUCGACCGACGAUGCUCUGCGCGGGACUGCUGGACGGACGCCCCUGCAUGUGGAGAAGACAAUGACGCUGGAGCAAAUGAACAGCUACCUGUCGACGUGGAGCGCUUUCCACUCCUGGAGGAAGCAGGACCCCGCAGGUAGUAUCGCCGCGAAGUCUGCGUUUUUCCAAUUCAUAUUCUCAAAGACCUCUAUGUCCUGGUCCUCUGAAGUAUGCCUGACCUGGAAUAGUGUCGGGAUCCUGGCCAGAAGGCGCUAG